CCUAGCUGUUCUGGAGCUAGCGCUGUUGACCAGGCUGGCCUUGAACUCACAGAUCCAGUGAAAGCCUUAUUUCUAUUGCUAGCUCUGUGUGAGUUUGUCAGAGUUCAAGAAACUUCCAGGUAGCUUUGACAGAAGCCUGUCUGUAUCCACCAGAGGGUUAUUAUGGUCUGACGAACUGUCAAAAUCCUUUCCUGGUAUGUUGUAAGAUAAUCUUAACUAUCCUGUAAAACCAUCAUUGUAAACUGAAUUGCAGCAACUUUGAUGUAAAUUUUAGUAAAAGAACUGCUAACCGGUGAGACUGUCAGAUAAGUUUUCCUGGAAGUUAAGUCAAGUCACCUUCUGCUCUUACCAGAAACUCAGUGGAAACGCCACCUCAGAAAUUUCACGUGCACUAGGAAGUGGGCCACCUCUUAACAAGAAAAUUAUCAAGUAAAGUAAGCUAAAAAGCUGGUGGUUUGGUUUGGUUUGCAUAGGAAGCAAGGAGCGAGAACCCGGGCUGAGUCUUAAGUCUCUAGACUCCUUUGUGGGAUAGACAUUCUCUAAAUGUUUACCUAAUUUUUGUAGAUCUUUUUUAGACAUUGGGGAUGUAAAGGUUCACAAGACAUCAGGAACUCCUGGUCUGAUAUACUUUUGACAUCAUGGAUCGAUUUGGAGAUAUAUCAGAAGGUGAAGUGGACCAUUCUUUCUUUGACAGUGAUUUUGAAGAUGCAAAAAAGUGUGAUAGUAGUUUAGGUUUUGACAAGCAAAAUGAUGACCUUAAGGAAAGUAUAGAUGAGGACACCAAAAAUGUAAACUUGAAAUUUGAAAUACAAGAUGAUGAUCUUAAAGAGAGAAUAGAUAAUGAUACAGAGAAUGUGAACUUGGAACUUGGAAUCCAAACAAAGGAAAAUUACCUUACUCAGAAAGGAAAUGAAAGAAAAGCAAAAGUUUCCUCAAAGGAAUACCAUGUAGAAAAUGAUCCUACACAAUCAAGAGGUUCCUCGUUGUCGACUGCUUCUUCAAGAUCAAAAAAAUCGUGUGAUGAUGCAGAAGGACAUAAAUUACACUUGCCUGUUGCAAAUAGAGUUGCUAGCGUCGUCAAGGGGGAGGAUGACUACUACACAGACGGGGAGGAGAGCAGCGAGGGCGGGAAAACGUCCCGUGUGAGGGCCAAGUCAGCCAAGCCCUCCAACAACCUCAGAAAAAACGCAAAUAAAAAGUAUUCCAAAAUCAGUUCCUCCUCUUCUCUGUCUUCCUCAUCUUCAAGGUCAAGCUCAGACUACUCAGAUACAGGAUCCGAUACCCAUAAAUCUGAUUCACGCUCCUCACCAAGGAAACAUGCUUCUGGUGUAACCCUCUCGCCACCAAAACAGAGGUGUAAAUCAGGAAAAAAAUCAGUGAGUGCACAGCCUGCAAGUGCUAAACCAAAAUCUGGUAACUACAAUGAAGAAUCAGAGGACGCUGUAACAGACGUGACUCCUUUGUCAACUCCAGACAUCAGCCCUAUCCAGUCGUUUGAACUGGGACCGUCACAUGAUCAGAAAGUAAAAGUUAAAAGGCAAGAAAAUGUGAGCCGGGAUGUGUAUGAGGAUGUGGAGGCUUUAAAACAUGAACCAAGACCUCUGAAAUCAGCCAGAAGGAAAGAAAAGCAUGGGCAGAAUUUUGCUCCAAAAUCAUCAGUGUUAGAUGCAAAUCUAGACCAUAGAUCCAAACAGAAAGUCUUACAUGACACCAUGGACCUUAAUCAUCUGCUGAAAGGCAGAGGACGUAGCUCAGUAGUACCGUGCUUGGCUAGAAUGGACAAGACCCUGGGUUCAGUUCCCACCACCACCCAACAAAAAUCAUUUGCUUUUCUGCAGUUAGAUAAAAAAGGACCACAAAAACAUCACUUUGAGCAGCCUUCUGUAAUGCCUAGGAAAAACUACUCUUUCACAAGAGAAGAGGUGAGACAGAUUGAUCGGGAAAAUCAGAGGCUUUUGAAAGAACUGUCAAGACAGGCUGAAAAACCAGGAAGCAAAAGUACAAUUCCCGGAAGAUCGAUUGGCCAUCCCCCUAAGUUAUACCAUAGUGCUCUCAACAGACAGAGGGAACAACAAAGGAUUGAAAGAGAAAAUUUGGCUUUAUUGAAACGGCUUGAAGCUGUGAAACCAACAGUUGGCAUGAAGCGCUCUGAACAGCUGAUGGACUAUCAUCGAAAUAUGGGUUAUCUCAACCCUUCACCAUCCAUUAGACGAGUGAGAUCUACUCUUGGCCAUUAUAGCCCACUGAGAGGAGCUUCCAGGACAUCCAGUGCGACCAGUGGUUUCAGUUGUAAGACUGAUCGAUCAGUGUUGGACGCAUCCAGUGGCUUUUUGCUAAGACCGAAACCCCCGAAUGUUCGUACUGCUUGGUUGUAAAAUCUUUUUUUAUGGUAUACAUUGUUCACCUUAUUUUAACAAUGUAAUUUUAUGUAUUACUGUAACUCUUUGUAAACAUCUGUAAUACUUUUUUCAACAAUUUAUACAAUAAUGAGUAUAAUUUAUUGUUAUUCAGCGCAAAAUUGUUACCAAAACACACUUUCAUGUAAAAAUCAGUGUUUUGUAUGGUGGCAUGUGUAUAGGAGCUCUGUGUGUGUUUAACAGAGAGCAGUGUUGUGCAUGGCUCUUUCUGUGGAAAUUCACUAGUGAUGCUGACAAACGCUGGUGAUGAUCCCUGGUGAGCCAGGACACUCACUCUGCUUACUCUGUUGUUUUCAUUACUGUAAGCGUGGCUGUAUGCGCCUCAUGCUGCUGUGUCUUUAGAGUGCCUGCCACACGAGCCAUCACUUGGUUAUGUGAUUGUUACACUCCUUAUGAAAAAAGUCUUGAAAUUUGUUUUCAUGGACGAGCUGAUUUCAAUUUGAUAAGGAGGGUGAGCAGCUUGUACUGGUGCAAUUCUUGAUUCACCAAAGGUUCCUCUCUGUAAGAGUUUGAUUAGCCACUCCAAACCAUUUCACACUGAAUAAUAGGGGCUCGCUUUAGAAGCUCCUGUUUUGUGUUUUUAUGCAGUCAGGUAAAGUACUCAAGGAUUCUGAGGAAAGAGGUGGCUUUAACAGCCUACUGUAAUCUUAUGGCUGGUUUGUAGCCAGAUCAUUUGCAUCAUAAAUAAAAGCAAAUAUUUGUUGGGUCAGUGAGCAAUAUUCCCAGCUUGAAGAACCAAGAAGCAGCCCUCAGGGUAUGUUAGCGAGUGUCUGAAAUGAUACUGUUAGUGUGUGCUGUCAUUGUGUACUUGCUGUAUUAAUAGAAGGUUAGAGUCCGGAAGAAACACUUUAGGAAAACCAGUUAUAAACAAGAAAAACUAAUCAUAUAUUUCUUACAACAUUUGUGAAUUUUCUUGGUUUGGUUUGGCUAAAUCCUAGAAGCACCAUUUUUCAUUAGAAGCUAGUGACACAUGACACAUAGAUGCAAUAAAUAUAGUUGACUAUGAAGACUAAAAUAUGUUUGUGUCAGCCUGUAGGCUGUUACUUUAUGAACAAAGUGUGAUAUUUCAUAGUCAUAACUUUUUCAUUGCUGGUCUUGUUAGUAUACCUUUAGGACGUAUAAAUAAGUUUCAAAGUCAGAGACACGUUUUUCUUGAAAUAGGAAUUAUCCCCAGCCACAGUGAGCUCAGUGCUCCUGCAGUGUAGCAGGUCUGCCACACCUUUGUCACCCUCGUUAGCACGAAGGCACCUGCACUUGACCAAUGUCAGGUCAUACGAUGUUGGUCUUAGUUUAAUAGGUUGUAUUUUAGAUAGAGCAGCAAAGGUUGGGAAUGAUGAGGCUAAAAAGAUUGCUGAGCACAUACACCACACACACAUGUGGUAAAUGUGCAUACACCACACACAUACAUGUGGUAGAUAUGCAUACAUCACACAAUACAUAAACAUACAUACGGUAAAUGUGCAUACACCAUACAAUACACAAACACCCAUGCAUAUGGUAGAUGUGCAUACACCACACACACAUGGUAAAUGUGCAUACACCACACAUACAUAUGGUAGAUAUGCAUAUAUCACACAAUGCACAACCACAGCCAUACAUAUGGUAAAUGGGCAUACACCACAGAUGUACACAAGUGCACACAUGCAUAUGGUAGAUGUGCAUACACCACACACACAGUGGAUGGAACACAGCACGACUGAAGGUUUCUCUGCUGCUUCUUGGGGACUGUAACAUUAUUUGAGAUUUGUCUCUUUGUUCUAGUAAACAAGAUUUUAUAGCUACUUUAUAUAACCUUCAGCUAUAUAAACAAAGGUUUUAUUUUUGUCCGAAUUUUUUUAACUUUUAAAGUUUGUGUGACAACAGAAUGCAGCAUUUUGGCAUUUGCCCAAUAGUGAGUCAGUCACUUUUUACAAUGUAAGUUUGAGGGGAAAAGUGUGUAUAUAUAAAAUAUUUUAUGUUCCCAGUGGCAUAGCCUGUGAGUACAUUUUAUUUGGUCUCUCCAAGUUCCAUAGAUAACGCUGUACUUUGAUUUUAAAUGCUAGUUUAUGCCUUAGUUUUUACUGUUUGAAAGAAGUUUGUCUAAGUAUUACUGAUAACAGGGAUUCAAGAAAAGGGCAACCAUCUUUUGAAAACAGCCCACAGGGUUGUAGACGCUGCGUGACGACGAUAGGCGGAUGGGUAGGAAGUACAAACAGGAUUCUCCGAUGUGAGCUAGGGGAGGAGGCAUUUGUAGCGGAGGUGUCAUGAGUACGCGAGCGUCUCCAACUUCCCCAGCACAAAAACACUGUGUGGAGGGCUGCGGUGCAGGGGCCGGCUUGUCCUUACUGAAGCUGCGCACCUGCAGCUAGAAAGCAUGCUGGUCCGUGGCCAGUGGCCAGAGCCCACUGAGAACUGUUCUCAUCUCCGUCAGAUGUUAUUACCUCCUUUUCUAGUAAGAUUUGGUCAAAGAUUUCAAACUAUUAAAAUUAUUUGUUAAGAAGUAGCUACUACCUAUUUCUCCCCCAGUUUCUUCAGUCUCCAUUAAAAACUGCUCUUAACAGUUAUUCCACUUGAACUUCGUGGUUUGCCUGUAAAAUAAAGUCAUGCAGCUGUGUUCCACCCAAGCCUCAAAACGGAUUGCACAGCUUCGAAAGGCGACUGUCUAGGUCUGCUUCUCUUUUCCGAUGGAUACAGCAGCUCCAGAGUAUUAAGGUUGCUGUAGAGCUGAAGAUGAAACUUUAUCUUAGUUAGCGAUCAAACACUGUGUCAUCUUAAUGUAAAUGACUGUAUACCGUCAUAGAAUGUGCUCACUGUUAUGGCUGAAUUGCUUAUGUUCAUGAAUAAAGAUUAGCAAGAAACUUUUAAACCA